AUGGCUGGAGUCUGCGUGGCCUUCUUGGUGGCGGCGCAGGUUGUAGUUGCACGGGCGAGCGGGCGGCUGCUUGCGGCGGUGCCGGCGCCGGCGCCGGCGGGGGUGGAUGAGAAGAGGAGGAGGUGGUUCCAUGUGUCCCUCGCGGCUGCGCAGCUGAUGCUGGGAGGGCUCGCCGCCACCGUCUUCGCCGUCGUCUUCUGCUACAUUAGGGUGACCAGGGGGCGGAGCCGCCAAGAUUCCCAGGAAAGCAAAUCCUAG